AUGCCUGGUACUAGAGUCUUUACGAAUACCCCAUCAGUUCAUGAAGCGAGAGAAGGAGUAAUGGAAUUCCUUUUGGCCAAUCAUCCUCUCGACUGCCCUAUUUGCGAUCAGGGUGGUGAAUGCGAUCUCCAAGAUCAGUCCAUGAGAUAUGGCUCGGACCGUUCUCGAUUCCAUGAAAUCAUUGGAAAGCGAGCUGUCGAAAAUAAAGACCUUGGACCACUCGUGAAAACAUCCAUGAAUCGUUGUAUUCAAUGCACGCGAUGUGUCCGUUUUGCUAACGACGUCGCUGGUGUCGAGGAACUGGGGACCACUGGCCGUGUUGGGGGCACUGACCUCAAAGCCUUAUGCAUUCCAUGCUCGGCCUUGGGAACUGAAUCUGUGGAUGUCCUGGAUGCCCUUGGUUCCAACAUCCGGGUGGAUUCUCGUGGCGCUGUGUCUUUCAAGGCGGCGAAGAAUCCCAUAAUCAUCGUUGGAAGUGGUGUCAACGAGCACCCUGAUGCUCACUUGAUAUACCAGUCAUUGGCAAAGUUUACAAGAUCCCUCUCCAAACUCCCGGGUGGAACGGGUUCAAUGUUUUGCAACACGUAUGUUUGCACACCUCUGCGCGAGACAAAUACUCUGAAUGCAGCUCUUUUGCAGGUCGCAUCAAGGGCUGCUACCUACGACAUUGGGUUCGUCCCUUCGAAGAAAGCCACUUCCGAUGAACUGGACCCUGCAUCGAUCCCGCUGGAUGCUCUCGUGGUCUACCAGGGACACCAUGAUGAUCUUGGCGCUCAGCUUGCCGAUGUUGUUCUUCCGAGUGCUGCGUACACUGAGAAAAGUACGACAUGGAUCAAUACCGAAGGCCGUGCACAGUUAGGCCGAACGGCUGUUCCUCCACUGGGCGCCACUCCAGCUGUCGGUACUCCGCUGCCAUACGACGAUGUUCUUCACCUCCGUGAUCGCAUGUGGGAAAUCUCGCCUUCUCUCGUUCGCUAUGACAUCACGGAGCCAACAUUGAAUGCUGACAACCUUGCCACCCGUAAGGCUGCUCCUGCUACCAAUGUGCCGCUUAACAAGCCAGUUGCGAAUUUUUACCAAACGGAUCCUAUCUCAAGAGCAUCCGUGACCAUGGCUCAGUGUACACGCGCCUUCAUCAAGGGCGAAAACUAUGGCUUCUCAGAAACUGAAAAGGGAGCACAAGCAGCUGUCGCCUAG